CAGGGAUGAACUCAGGGAUCUCUGCUCCUCCCAGUGACAGAGGAGAAUGUUGAACAACAAAUGUUAGCCUGAUGAGAAGACCUUUUGUUUGCUGUGAGAAGCUAUUAUCUGGAGCGUUAAUGGGUUUCCAGCUAUUAAGAUAAGUGCUGAUACAAGAGCAGUUGUAAUGUGAAAAGUGUAUUAAUCCCUGGAGCUGCAUUGUGUGUAUGAAAUUACUACUUUCAAAGUUCAAGACAUAUGAGGUGAUUUGGGCUCACGCUUGUUACUUAGAAGCACAGUAGAAAAAUAAUCACCAUCUUUUGAGGACAAGAGAGAAGUGGAGGAAUUCUAAUUAAUUUCAAUAAUGUAAUAUCAACCAAAAGUUGUUUUUGGCACUAGGAGGCUGAAUAUCCUUGCUCUUCCUGGAAACACUUUGUGUAAGAAGUGACUGACGAUUUGUAAAACUGUUGCCUAGCAAACUCGAUCAUGGAGAUGCAGCUAGACCCCAUGACGGAUGACUUGCCCUUAAUGGCCAACACUAGCCACAUGCUUGUAAAACAUUAUACAUUGGAUUUGGAUGUGGAUUUUGAAAGUCAAAUUAUUGAAGGCAUCAUAGUUUUCUUCUUUGAGACUGGGAACAGAUACAGGAAAACCAGCAGCACUAGUGAAGAAGGCUGCCAGUCACAGCUUGAUGAAACCUGCGGAACUGGAGUAUCUGAACCCUACCACAUUCCUGUGACAAAUCUUAGCGCCCACUCAUCUAAAACAGAAUAUAAUGAUUUUGCUGUCUGUGUUAAAGGUGAAAAAGAUACUUCUGAUAAAAAUGGUAACCAUAGCAACAGGGAACAGGCUUCUGGGAUUUCUAGUUCAAAGAACUGCUGUGACAUAGAGAAUCAUGGGAGCACGGAUUUUUUGCUGGUAUUGGACUGCUGUGAUUUAUCCGUGCUAAAGGUUGAGGAGGUAGAUGUUGCUGCUGUCACAGGCAUUGAAAAAUUUACAAGGUCUGCCAAGCUAACUGAUGCUGCUAAAGAGCCGGGAAAUCUCAGGAAUCAGAUUGUACAUGAACUUGUGACUUUACCUGCGGAUCGCUGGAAGGAACAGCUAUACUAUUACACUUGCUGCAGCCAGGCACCUGGCUGUGGAGAGCUUCUGUUUACUACUGGCACUUGGAGCUUGGAGAUAAGGAAAUCAGGGAUUCACAGUCCAAAAGACUUUCCUCAUGCAAUAAGAAUAUGGUACAAAACCAAACCAGAGGGAAGAUCUAUUACAUGGACUACAGACCAGAGUGGCAGGCCAUGUGUUUAUACAAUGGGAUCACCAAUAAACAACAGAGCCCUUUUUCCAUGCCAGGAGCCACCCAUUGCCUUGUCAACAUGGCAAGCUACAGUCCGAGCUGCUGCACACUUUGUUGUCUUGAUGAGCGGUGAAAACUCAGCAGAACCUGUCCAACUUCAAGAAGGUAUCUUGAGCUGGUACUAUUAUGUGACUAUGCCAAUGCCAGCAUCCACCUUCACUAUUGCCAUCGGCUGCUGGUUGGAAGUUAAACAGCAGCACCUCACAGCUGAGGUUCAGACAAACAGUGACUUUUCCUUGCCGUUUUCCCAAGCUGAUCUCAGAUGGCAUGAAGAACGCUGUGGUCACAUGGACUAUCCCUGCCGAUUCCAAAAUUCUGCUGCCAGGCUGCAGGCCGUCAUUCCUUAUAGAGUCUUUACUCCCUGGUGCCUUAUGGAGAGCUGCAAAGAACUUGUACUCCAGCUAAUUCCUCAGUGCCUCUCUGCUGCUUACACCACCCUGGGUACCCAUCCCUUCUCCAGACUUGAUGUUUUGAUAGUCCCUUCCAACUUUUCCAGUCUGGGGAUGGCUAGCCCCCAUAUCAUCUUCCUGUCGCAGAGUGUAUUACCUGGAGGGCGACACCUCUGUGGUGCACGCCUGUGCCAUGAAAUUGCUCAUGCUUGGUUUGGACUGGCCAUUGGUGCUCGUGACUGGACUGAAGAGUGGAUAAGCGAAGGGUUUGCCACUUAUUUAGAAGAUAUAUUUUGGGCCAGGGCUCAACAGGUAAGGUGCCAAUACGUCACUUCUCAAUUAAGUUACAUGGCUUUACUUCGUUGGCGACGACUCAGAGAUGAGGUGCAGAACUCUGAAGAAGAACUGCAAGUUUUACGGCCCAACAAAGAGAACACAGGAGAAGUGAGUGAGUCUGGAGCGUCUGUUGUCAAACAUGGUCUUAAAGCAGAAAAAAUCUUCAUGCAGGUUCACUAUUUGAAGGGCUACUUCCUUUUGCAGUCUCUGGCAAGGACAAUGGGGGAGGCUUCAUACCUUGCAUCAUUACGAAAAUUCGUCCAUAAGUUUCACGGGCAGCUUGUCCUUUCUCAGGAUUUUCUUUACAUGCUAUUGGAAGACAUCCCUGAACAAAAAGAGUCUGGGUUAACCAUUGAAAGUAUCUUCCAAAACUGGCUUGACACUUCUGGAAUACCAAAGCCUUUGCUGGAGGAGGGUGAGACUUGGAAGGAGUGUCAGCUCGUCCAGCAAGUGAGCGGCGAGGUAACAAAAUGGAUUCAGACAAACCAGAGGAUCAGAAAAAGCGGCAAAAAGAAAAGAAAGCAGGAUGAAGUCGUUUUCGAGAAG